AUGGAGAAGUUCGCCGCGAUCCUCGCCCUCGUGGCCUUAGUGGCCGGGAAUCCAUUGACCGAGACAUCGGACAACUUGUUCGAUCUGCGAAUGGACGGACGUAUAGUGGGCGGCGAAGAAGCACGCAUCCAGCAGGCCCCGUACCAAGUGAGCCUGCAAAUUGAGGGCCGUCAUUUCUGCGGCGGUAGCAUAAUCGCCUCGAAUUGGGUAUUGACCGCGGCUCACUGUACCUCUUACGGGCCGAGCUCGUACCAGAUCCGUUCGGGUUCGACCUACGUGAAAAACGGGACCCUUCACAGAGUCCAACAAGUGAUCAAGCACCAAAACUACCACACCAACAAGAACGAUAUUCCGGUGAACGACAUCGCUUUGCUGCGUCUGGUCAAUUCCGACGCGUUCCGAUUCGACAAUAGCCGACAACCCGUGAGACUGUUCCAGGGUAACUCCUCGUCUCUGGUUGGCAAAUACGGUCUGGCCACCGGCUGGGGUACCACGGACAAUGGUACCCCGAAGAUGCUGCAAAAGGUCACGGUGCCUUUCGUCACGAAGCAACAAUGCGCGAACGCGUAUAGUAGCUCGGGAGGCAUUCCUAAGGGACAAGUCUGCGCUGGUUACACAGCUGGUGGCAAGGAUACCUGCCAGGGCGAUUCUGGCGGCCCGUUGACCGUCAACGGAGAACUAGUCGGUGUCGUGUCCUGGGGCAAAGGAUGCGGUACUCCUAACUAUCCAGGUGUCUACACGGACGUUUCCCAUUAUCGUCAAUGGAUCAAACAGAACAGCGGAGUCUAA